AUGUGUCGAACUACGCCCACCGACGCCGCCUCAACUCUGCUCCCCGAUGGCAUCGCCGCCGUGACCACUUUCUGCCAAAACCUCUGUCAUCGCGGAAUGGACCUGACCGAAUACAAGAAAAGGGGUUUCGACCCCAGGCCUUACAUGAUUGGCGCUUUUGCUGGUAUCUUCUUCGGAGUCCUCGUUGGCAGGUGGCUCUGCAACGUCAUGGACAGCAAUGAGGCCAACGCUGUGUAUGGUGUCACAGACAAUGAGGCCAAUGCGCCGGCCGAAGGAGAGGAGCAAGACGAUGAGAAUGAGGAGCGUCAGUCCGUGCUGGAUAUCACGUCUCUGUUUCGACAAUCCGUGGACAGCAGAGCAGAGACGGCAUAUGAGGGCGAAGGUUCUGGCAACCACUCGGCAGAUGCAGCGUCUGUGAAUCAGAAUCCAUUGGGCAAUCCGAGGCGCAAUUCGACAGGCAGUUCGACGGGCAAUUCGACGGGCAAUUCGACGGGCAAUUCGACGGGCAAUUCGACGGGCAAUUCGACGGGCAAUUCAACAGGCACAGGAUAUGCGGCCAAUCCAGACAUGGUGGCUGACAUGGCAUGA